AUGGAUGAAUUCGUUUCUGCAUCAGAAGUUCCUUCUUCUACGGAAAUAAUUCGCGCUCGUUGUCUAAACCGUAAAGUUGUUAAAGCAGACAACUCUGUUGAGUGGCUCCCAAAACAUACGACCGUUAUUAUGCUCUCCAGCACUGGCGAGUCAGGCAAGUCAACAUUCAUCAAGCAGAUGAGAAUUAUCCACGGAUCGGGCUACAGCGACGAUGACAAACGCGGUUUCAUCAAGCUCGUCUAUCAGAACAUCUUCAUGGCUAUGCAGAGUAUGAUACGCGCUAUGGACCUACUCAAAAUACAAUAUGGAAAUCCGUCCAAUGUUGAAAAGGCGGAGUUGAUAUCAUCAAUCGACUUUGAAAGCGUUACAACAUUUGAGAGUCCUUAUGUUGAGGCUAUAAAGGCCCUUUGGGCUGAUUCGGGAAUACAAGAGUGCUACGAUCGCAGGCGAGAAUACCAACUGACUGACUCAGCCAAAUACUACUUGCAGGAAAUUGACCGCGUCGCGGCACCAAAUUACUUACCUACCGAACAAGACAUUCUACGCGUGAGAGUACCCACAACGGGAAUCAUUGAGUACCCAUUUGACUUGGAAGAGAUUCGAUUUAGCUAUUUAAGUGAUCUCGAAAGGAUCGAGAAGGCCGACUAUCUGCCAACAGAACAGGAUAUCCUGCGCGCUCGCCAGCCAACGACUGGUAUACUUGAGUAUCCAUUCGAUCUUGAUGGAAUCAUAUUUAGGAUGGUGGACGUCGGCGGCCAAAGAUCCGAGAGAAGGAAGUGGAUUCAUUGUUUCGAAAACGUCACGUCUAUCAUAUUCUUAGUAGCUCUUAGUGAAUAUGAUCAAAUUUUAUUCGAAUCCGAGAAUGAGAACCGAAUGGAAGAAUCGAAGGCGCUAUUCAAAACUAUUAUCACAUACCCAUGGUUCCAGCACUCGUCAGUAAUCUUGUUCCUGAACAAAAAGGAUUUGCUCGAGGAGAAGAUCAUGUAUUCGCAUCUGGUCGACUACUUUCCCGAAUACGACGGUCCACAACGCGACGCCAGUACUGCGCGCGAGUUUAUCCUAAGGAUGUUUGUCGAUCUCAAUCCAGACGCCGAGAAAAUUAUCUACUCGCACUUCACUUGUGCGACAGAUACUGAAAACAUCCGGUUCGUGUUCGCCGCAGUCAAAGACACAAUCUUGCAGUCCAACCUGAAGGAGUACAACCUCGUGUAA